CAGAAAUGAAGCGGUAAUUCGUUUAAGAAUUUUGCACGAGAAUUGUCAGUCUUUUUCCUCUUCUUUCUACUUCCGCACCAAAGGCACAAAAUGCGUAUUACAUUUCUUAUUUUAACAAAUGCAGUCCUCGUAUUGGCAGCCAAUCAUCGACUUCGCGUAGACAAUCAGGAAUUAUCAUCACACCGUAAAAAAGAUUUGAAGUUUAAAACGGAAAAGAACACUAAUAUCACAUUACAUGGUUCGAAAGAAAAUAAAAUUACAAACGAUGAACGUUCAAAAGAAAGAAAAGAAGAAUAUGAGAACCCUUGGAACUUAUCAAAAGAGUCAGAUAGAAUACAAUUUCAAAUGGAAGGUCACGAAGGGCCGCAAACGUACAUCUUUGGAUUCGAUACCGGGCAUGGAAAGAGCAGACAGUACAGAUUGGAAGAAAGGCUCCAAGAUGGCACAGUAAAAGGACAGUAUGGAUAUUACGACGCGAGAGGGAAAUUAAGAACGGUUCGAUAUGUUGCUAGACCUUUUGAAGGCUAUACGGAAAAACAUCAUGAAAUAACACACCGAAAUUAGACAACAGAAUGGUAGGUUCUCGUUUCCUUAAAAGAUAUUAGAAUGAAGUGCAAAAUAUAUUUGUAGAAAUUAAAAUUCACGCGAUAAGAUUCGAGUUGUAUUGCAUUAAACUUUUCGAAAGUUAGAAAAUAAUUGCUAUGGAAUUUCACGUCUUUAACAAACUUCGGCAGUUAUAUACUACACACUUUAAAAAAUACAGUUAUUUGGAUUAAAUCAUUUAUUUAACAGUAACAACAGCUAUACAAGAAAAAUAAAAACAAAAAUGAAAGUUAAGUUCAAAUGUUAAUUUGAAUACAGAGAUAGUAAGAAGACUCUUCAGAAGACAUACCCAAACAUAUAUUUGUAUAUGUGCGUAUAUGUAUUUCCUUAUAUACAUAACAUCCACACUCAUAACAUACACCCACUUACAAAAGUAUUUGAAUAAAAACGUUAAGGUAAAAUAUAUACCUUAACAAAAUUAUUUGCAACUAUAUUAUUUAAUUAAUAUCAGCAUAAUAUUAGGCGAUUUUUCUUUUUAAUAAAGUGUGCAGU